CCAACAGCCAAUGUGGCCCUGAUAAUUUGUAUGUCAACUUUCCGACACCUGAUAAGUUGCUGUGACGUAGGUUCUCGUGAUCAGACAAAAGCGCUCAUUACUUAAACGCCAUUUGUCACUGGAUAUCAAGUGGAAGGCAGAUCACCUGGUCAGUACAAGGGACAGUAUUUACAAUGGAAGGCGGUUGUUCGAAGAUCUUUCUUAUCAUCAUUAACGUCAUCUUUCUGAUCUUUGGGCUAGCCAUCCUGAUUGCUGGGAUCGUUUUCAAAGUUGGCUUUGACGUCUUCAAAGAUGCUUUGGUGGAGACGAGUGGAAACAUUGACUUCAACCUGAAGUAUGCUGGCGAGACAUUCGGACUGGUCGUCAUUGUUUUCGGUUGCCUCAUCAUUCUGAUCGCAGGCCUGGGCUGUCUUGGAGCCUGCUGUCAAUGGAGAGUGAUGCUUGGCAUUUAUGGCGUCGUAGUCGGUGUUAUCCUGCUGGCGGAGAUCGUGGCUGUGGCGGUAGUCCUGGCUAAGGGAAGUAAGGCAGACGAGGUCCUAGACAAAGGCUUAAGAAAUGCGUUGAAAGGUUACGACGACAACGCCUCCAAUAAGACUGCCAAAGAUCAAUCCUUUGACGCCAUCUUCUCCACCUUCCAAUGUUGCGGCGUGGACAACUACACCGACUUCCAAGAUGCCGACAUCAACACCAACUGGGACCCGCGGAACCCAUUACAUAAGAUCCCCGUGGCGUGCUGCAAGAAGACAAAUUACGAACAUAUUUCAGACACUACGUUCACUGAUGGAGACAUAAAGAAGUGUUUGAGUAUCACCGACAUGGACAACACGUACGCCUACACCCAUGGCUGUUAUAGCAACCUAUUGGACUUCUUUGACAACUACAAAUACGUAGCCAUUGGAGUUGGUGUCACCAUCUUCCUCAUAGAGCUGCUGGUCAUCGUGUUGUCCAUGUGCAUGUGUCGGAGCAGUGACAAGUACGUCUAGCUGUCAGGAGCUGUUGUCCCCACUGUGCCCCACCCGACGUCUCCUGGUUUCAUGUUACAGAUAAUGGAGUCAAUCAUGUGCUUCUGUCUGUGCUGUACAGCGUCUGAUGGGAAUAAGUGUGUCAACACAUGAAACAUACGGCACGUCAUUUAUCAUGCGCCACUGGGUUUUCCUCCUAUCAAAUGUAAUAGGUGAAUAAUUGUUGUCUCAGAUAGGCUGUUAUUGAUAUUCCAAUUUUCUCAGUGGCGAUGUAGGACAUAUCAGUCAGCUUAGAAUGCUCUGGUAAACUCAAGACUGAAGGCCACUGGCGGACAUUUCUCCCGUUUAAUUAUGUUGCUUGGCUUUACCUUUAUGAUCAAAUUUAAUUUAUAUAUUUUACAUCAGUCACCAGGGUGUCCACACAGUAUUCAUACAGCUUCUAUUGCGUUACCGUUCUAUAUAUCAGUGCUAAUCACAUGUUGUAAUUUCCCUUGGUGACAUUGACAUAAAUUGUUGCAUGUCAUCCCGACAGAGUGUAUGACGCACAUGGACGCCUCGUCUGCACACUGACCUAACUCUUCCAAAUGUGUUUCAUUGAUAUGUCAAGGCCACAGUGUCCCAUUCAAUAAAAGAAUUAUUUAUUUUU